AUGGAUGAGCGGGAGGAAAGAAGGACUGAGUCCAUCUCAAUUACAGUGCCGGAGAGCUCUUGCGAGUCAGAGAAAACCUUGAAUGAUCUCCAAUAUCGGGCGACUGAUAUGCCUCAUUGGAAGGAGGCGAUCUUCUUGGGAUUUCAGGUGAGAUUUGUGCACAUAUGAAAAAAAGAGAAAUUGCUAAAAAUUGGAACAAAAGAUUAUGUCCAAAAACGAUGACUAUCGGCUGUAUGAUCCUAUGUUUUCAGCAAACGAUGGUGUGUAUCUCCGGGAUCCUCGUAAUCCCUCAUUUGGUCUCUCAAGUUGCGUGCGCUGGUCUCGCAACGAUUGCUUUACGCGUUCAACUGAUCUCAACCACUCUUGUUGUAACCGGACUGACCACUCUUAUUCAGACUACUUUGGGUCUCCGUUUGGCCAUUCUUCAAGGCCCUUCUUUCGCUUUUAUCCCGCCGUUAUUUGCUUUCAAUGAUCUGCCCGGAAUGGAAUGUAAAUCCACAAUACAUGAUGAGGUCCCCGAAGAAAGUGUUCUCUACAGGAUACAGACGGUAAGUCAGAAUAAAACCGGUGCUCUUUGCUGAUGCCUCAGGGACAAAUUGGGGUUUUUAUACACCCUGGCUUUCAUACACUUUAUUGGGCCUAAUUUUAGAUACAAGGAAGUUUGGCUGGUGCUGCAUUGAUGCUGAUUUUUGUCGGUGCCACUGGACUCAUCGGAAUUAUCGCUCGUCGAACUGGACCUGUCACUAUCUGCCCGUUGAUGGUCCUUCUUUGCCUUGGAAAUGCUCCAUUGAUCCUGGAAAAGUCAGGAACUCAUUGGAUUUCAAUAAUGUAAGUGCCACAUUGAUCACUACGCAUUUAUAAUUGUCAUUUCUACAGGAUCUUUUAAUUUUUUCAGCCAAUUCGCAGUCCUAUGCUGUUUUGCUCUGUUCUUGGCCGAGACUCAAGUUCCCUUGCCUUAUAUCGAUCUGAAAGGCAUCCACUUUGUCAGAUAUCGACUUUUUGGACAGUUUCCGGUAAGCAUAAUCCUUUUUAUUCUCUAUUUUUACGGAUAAUAGUUUUUAAUUGUAAUCAUUUCAGUACCUAAUUUCAAUUGUUUUAACAUGGUUAUUCGCCCUGUUUUUGACAGUCACCAAUAUUGAAAAGCCUGAAGGACCAGCUCGAGUUGAUCAGAAUAUGUCGAUGAGUGUUCUAGUGGGCUCGCCUAUCUUCCAGGUCCCCUAUCCAGGUAAACAUUUUACUACUACCGACCUGUCUUACGACAAUUGUCAGACAUGAUACAAAUUUCAAUCUGUUUUCUUAAUCAUCCAUAUUUCAGGACAAUUUGGAUUUCCUCGCUUCAGCCUGGGACUUUUCCUUGGUAUGUUGGCCUCUUGUGUUGCCUGCUCUGUCGAAAGUCUGGGCGCUUAUGGCGUUCUGGCCAGAGUAUCGCAAGAAAAACCUCCGCCGUCUUCCACCUUGAACCGUGCUAUUGUUGUUGAAGGUAAAUUGAGCUCUUUCAGUUAUUGUAAUCACGAAAAAAAUUCUGCCUUUAUCCACGUCUAACCUUUUGAAUUUAGGUGUUGGCUGUUUCCUCGCUGGCCUCAUGGGUUGCGGAGUUGGUGUGACCACUUAUUCCGAAAACGUAGCCGUGGUAUCUUUGACCAGGGUCGCCUCAAGGUACACUAUGCAGAUUGCUGGAGUGAUGCUCAUUUUCCUGGGUAUCUUUACCAAAUUCGGGGCGGUUUUGGCAACAAUUCCUGAUCCAAUUGUUGGUGGAACUCUUGGCAUGGGAGUCUGCAUGAUCUGUGGCCUGGCUUUCUCUAAUCUUAGGGUAAGUGGUAGCCUUUUCAACUGUCGUUUCGACACGAUAAUGUUCUAAGUAAGAAUUAAUAAAUUUACUUUUCAGACCGUUGAUCUUACACUUACCCGUAACCUCACCAUUGUCGGCCUGGCUAUCAUCAUGGGAGUGGUAAUUCCCGACUAUGCCAAAGGUCAUCCAGUCGACGUCGGCGUUGAUGAGAUUGAUCAGAUGCUCAAUAUUUUACUACAAAUCAAAAUGUUUAUCGGUGGUUUACUUGCCUUUGUUUUGGAUAACAUUGUGCCUGGAGCGACGCGGGAACAACGAGGGUUUGAAGAUUGUCACGAGACAGUAAAUGAAAAUGGAGAAACCGGAAGAUACGAUGAUUGUGGAACUGCUCAGGAUGGAUAUUCCUUCGGCAAGCAGAUCAACGAGUAAGUAGAUUAAUAUCGACCAGAAAUCGACCAAUUCCCUAUCUAUGACAUUUAAUUUAACCGCCAAAUAUUUCAGUUUCAUCCUCCGAAAUCGCGUUGUCCACAAGCUCCCCUUCAUGCCAUCGAAGCCCCGCCUCCAGGCUACAGUCAGCAAACAAGAUAUUGGUCCAGUCCCCCAAAAGACGAACCUAGCCGCCGCAUAA